CGUUAGAUUGCGCCGAAUCUCUUCUCCGUUCCCCCGCGCUCAUCGUUUCAAUCGCAGCCGGGUUGCACGCACGUCUGAACCGCUUUUUUAAUUUUUUUUUUUUUUUUUACAUACAUACAUACAUACUCCAGAAGGAACCGAGUGGCUACAUGUAUGAAGAAGAGCAGGCUUUUUUGAAGCGUUUGUGCCAAGGAGCCCGAACAGGUAGCGAGCGCGACGACGGUGAGCGACGACAUCGCAUCCAGCACUGGUUUGUUUACUAUGUGCUGAGACCCACACCAACUUCGUGUUGCUUUUCACACGCCACGGGAGGAUUCAUUCAUUGCCAGUGCAUGCAAGCGCAGAUGACUCCUUACUUGUGGCAUGAUGCCUGCUGGCCAAACCUGUCCAAUCUCCUUCCAAAGUCCUCACACCAUCUUCAGGUCUCCAGUGCUUCACCAGCACACUAAGCUCUCUUGACCGCUUGGGCCCAACCGCCCCCCUCAGGCUUUGGCUGGCUGGCUGGCUGGCAUCCAGGGGAUUUGAUGCGCCGGUUUGUCUAUUGCAAGGUGGUCUUGACCACCUCUUUAGUUUGGGUGCUCGUGGACGUCUUCUUGCUGCUGUACUUCAGCGAAUGUAACAAAUGUGACGACAGGAAGGACCGCUCGCUGCUUCCUGCCCUCCGCGCCGUGAUAUCUCGUAGCCACGAGGGUCCCGGUGAGAUGGGAAAAUCUGUGAACAUCCCCAAGGAGGACCACGAGAAGAUGAAGGAGCUUUUUAAGAUAAACCAGUUCAACCUGAUAGCCAGCGAUAUGAUUGCACUCAACAGGAGUUUGCCGGACGUCCGGUUGGAUGGCUGUAAGACCAAGAUAUACCCAGACAACUUGCCAAACACCAGCAUCGUCAUUGUGUUUCACAACGAGGCUUGGAGUACGUUGCUGCGGACAGUCCACAGUGUUGUCAAUCGCUCUCCCAGACACUUAAUCGUGGAAAUUGUGCUUGUGGAUGACUUCAGUGAGCGAGACUUCUUAGGGAAAAAGUUGGAGGACUAUGUGCAGACCCUUGAGGUGCCAGUGAAGAUCCUGAGGAUGGAGCAGCGUUCAGGUCUCAUCCGGGCCAGAUUAAGGGGGGCAGCUGCCACGAAAGGUCAAGUCAUCACCUUCCUGGACGCCCACUGUGAGUGUACUGUGGGAUGGCUUGAACCCUUGCUCGCCCGCAUCAUCGAGGACAGGACAGCAGUGGUGUGCCCCAUCAUCGAUGUUAUCAGUGACGAGAGCUUUGAAUACAUGGCAGGCUCAGAUAUGACCUACGGCGGAUUCAACUGGAAGCUGAAUUUCCGCUGGUACCCCGUUCCCCAGCGGGAGAUGGAUCGACGGAAGGGCGACAGAACGCUUCCUGUCAGGACCCCCACCAUGGCAGGAGGGCUAUUCUCCAUAGACAAAACAUACUUUGAAGAAAUAGGAAGCUAUGAUCCAGGGAUGGAUAUCUGGGGUGGAGAGAACUUGGAGAUAUCUUUCAGAAUCUGGCAGUGCGGCGGUUCCUUGGAGAUUGUCACGUGUUCCCAUGUUGGCCACGUGUUCCGGAAGGCUACUCCUUACAGUUUCCCCGGAGGAACGGGCCAAGUCAUCAACAAAAACAACAGGCGGCUGGCAGAAGUCUGGAUGGAUGAUUUCAAAGAUUUCUUCUAUAUCAUAUCACCAGGAGUGAUGCGAGUGAACUACGGGGACGUCUCUUCUCGCAAAGCCCUCCGCGGGGCCUUGAUGUGCAGACCCUUCUCCUGGUAUCUGGAAAACAUCUACCCAGACUCCCAGAUCCCAAGAAGAUAUUACUCGCUUGGUGAAAUCAGGAAUGUUGAGACCAACCAAUGCGUAGACAACAUGGGACGAAAGGAGAACGAGAAAGUUGGCUUCUUCAACUGUCACGGCAUGGGUGGAAACCAGGUGUUUUCAUAUACGGCGGACAAAGAAAUACGCACAGACGACCUCUGUUUGGACGUCUCGCGCCUCAACGGGCCUGUCGUCAUGCUCAAGUGUCACCACAUGAAGGGCAAUCAGAUGUUUCAGUACGACGCCGAGAGACUCACCUUGCUGCACGUGAACAGCAACCAGUGUUUGGACAUGCUGUUGGAGGAGGAGAAGAUGGUCCCGACCUUGAGGGACUGCAACGGAAGCCGCUCCCAGCAAUGGCUGCUCCGCAACAUGACCCUGAGUCUAUGAUUCCUCGGCCAUUCUGUCGUCUUAUCACUGAGUCCAGAUUCUCCACGCCUUCAUCAGGUGGCUCCAGCCUUACUCCUCUUUUGCUAAUUGCCUCCGUCAUCAUUUAUAGAGAACCCUGUAGCACCUGGUCAUCUUGGACUUUGGAGGAUUUUCCUUUUACAGCUCACUUCAGGUUCAAGAGAUGCUGCCCUUCGGGCUACAUAACAAGCACCAGAACUGGCAAUUAAAUCUGCAGCUAGCUGUACAAACACUGCUAGGAAAACCACUGCUUAGCUGCUGGACAUUGACAAAAAGGAGCAUCUGUGUUUCAGUGUGCAAGACUUUGAGUCCACUGAUGUCCUGGUACGACCCUUUAAACAACACAAUCCCUGUUGAUGUACUGUAAAAGUAAAUCAUCCUUCUUUCAUAUCAGUGAUUUGCAGCUAAAUGAAACUGUUAAUUAUCCAGGGAAUAUGGGCUAUUGAAGGCAGAUACCCAUGUCAAUUCCAAAAAAAAAAAAAUAUGCUCAUGAUAUAUCAUCUUAUAUUUUAUAUAAUUUUUGAUGUGUGAAUAUACAUAUAUUGAACUAAAACAGUUUUGGUUUUAAGGUUUGUAACAAGGUCAGACCCCAAAGAUGUAACUGAGCGUUGUUGUAAUAUACCAACAGUCUCUAUUCGGGAUGCACCAAUACCACUUUUUUAGACAUGGUACUUACAGUGCAGUACUUGCUGAUACCAAGUACCGAUACUUGAUAAUGUCGUUACGUUUUGCAAUUGUGAUGAAAAAACUCAGUUUUCUUGAAGAUUGCAUAAGUUUCACUGAAAUAUAACACUUUUCAGAGGAACAAAUUCUCAGUACUUACAUUUUAAUAUCCAACGGUUUGUUUUUCUUACAGUCUUGCAACAAAUUUCCCUUAAUGUAGCCUGUAAGACAAGGCAUUUUAGUUCCUAACUAAAACCGUGGCAGCACAACUGAAGCGAUAAUCACACCAUCGCUUACUUCUCUUUACUUUGGACUAUGUUUUAAAAAACUUUGAAUGAAGCAUGUUAGGUAUUAGUUCUAGAAUUGCCACAGCUAUCUAAGUAACAGUGAAGCGAUCAAAGGAUCCAUUACUGAUUUAAUGAGCCAUUCACAGUUUCACUGUAGAGGUCGGUGUGUACUUAGAUUUACAUGCCUUAAUCUUUGAUAUUAUAUGGAUAUGCUACUGGUAGGAUCACCAAGCAUAAUUUGCAAGUGGCUAAAAGUGUUGUCAUCCAUAUUUACGUUAAAGUGUUUCCACAUGGCUGACAUUGCGCCUACAAGGAAUGUUUAUGACAGGCUGGUGAACUGGUUUCGGUGUCGAGGUAUCGGAGCAUUUCUAUGAGUCCAUGUAAAAUCCCAAUUCCAAUGAAGUUGGGACAUUGUGUUAAACAUAAAUAAAAGCAGAAUACAAUGAUUUGCCCAUCAUGUUCAACCUAUAUUUAAUUGAGUACACUACAAAGACAAGAUAUUUAAUGUUCAAACUGAUAAACUUGAUUGUUUUUAGCAAAUAAUCAUUAACUUGGAAUUUUAUGGCUGCAACACGUUCCAAAAAAUCUGGGACAGGUGGCAAAAGAGACAGAAAGUUGAGGAAUCCUCAUCAAACACGUGUUUGGAACAUCCCACAGUUUAACAGGCUAAUUGGGAACAGGUGGGUGCCAUGAUUGGGUAUAAAAUGAGCUUCCCUGAAUUGCUCAGUCAUUCACAAGCAAAGAUGGGGCGAGGUUCACCUCUUUGUGAACAAGUGCGUGAGGAAAUAGUCAAACAGUUUAAGGACAAUGUUCCUCAACAUACAAUUGCAAAUAAUUUAGGGAUUUCAUCAUCAUAAUAUCAUCAAAAGGUUCAGAGAAUCUGGAGAAAUCACUGCAUGUAAGCGGCAAGGCCGAAAACCAACAUUGAAUGCCCGUGACCUUCGAUCCCAAAAACCGCAUCAAAAACCGACAUCAAUGUGUAAAGGGUAUCACCACACGGGCUCAGGAACACUUCAGAAAACCAAUGUCAGUAAAUACAGUUCGGUGCUGCAUCCUGUAAGUGCAACUUGAAACUCUACUAUGCAACUACUACUCUACUAUUUAUCAACAACACCCAGAAACGCCGCCGGCUUCUCUGGGCCCGAGCUCAUCUAAGAUGGACUGAUGCAAAGUGGAAAAGGUUUCUGUGGUCCGACGAGUCCACAUUUCAAAUUGUUUUUGGUCCUCCGAGCCAAAGAGGAAAAGAACCUUCCGCAAAGUUCAAAAGUCAGCAUCUGUGAUGGUAUGGGGCUUAGUUAGUGCCAAUGGCAUGGGUAACUUACACAUCUGUGACGGCACCAUUAAUGCUGAAAGGGACAUACAGGUUUUGGAGAAACAUAUGCUGCCAUCCAAGCAACGUCUUUUUCAUGGACGCCCCUGCUUAUUUCAGCAAGACAAUGCCAAACCACAUUCUGCACGUGUUACAACAGCAUGGCUUCGUAGUAAAAGAGUGCGGGUACUAGACUGGCCUGCCUGCAGUCCAGACCUGUCUCCCAUUGAAAAUCUGUGGCGCAUUAUGAAGCGUAAUGUACGACAACGGAGACCCCGCACUGUUGAACACAUGAAGCUGUACAUCAAGCAAGAAUGGGAAAGAAUUCCACCGACAAAGCUUCAACAAUUAGUGUCCUCAGUUCCCAAACGUUGAUUGAAUGUUGUUAAAACAAAAGGUGAUGUCACACAGUGGUAAACAUGACCCUGUCCCAGCUUUUUUGGAUCGUGUUGCAGCCAUAAAAUUCUAAGUUAAUGAUUAUUUGCUAAAAGCAAUUCAGUUUAUCAGUUUGCACAUUAAAUAUCUUGUCUUUGUAGUGUAUUCAAUUAAAUAUAGGUCGAUCAUGAUUUGCAAAUCAUUGUAUUCUGUUUUUAUUUAUGUUUAACACAACGUCCCAACUUCAUUGGAAUUGGGGUUGUACAAACGUACAGUCUCGGCACAUAUACCAAUACUGAUAUUGGUAUCGGUGCAUCCCAAGGCUUUAUAACAAAAACUAAAGAAGAGGGAGGAAAAGGCCCAAAAUUCAUGGGACAAGAACCAGAAUGAAAAUAUGUCCCAUCGGAUCACACAAAGGAACAAAAGCAACAAUCUUGCAAACUAAUUGGGAGCUGAUUACCAAUAACUCCCAGGUGCGCACCUCCUUGCUCCUAAGGGAACAAGAAAAACAAAAAACAAAGGUAAGAGCCAACUGACAGAAAAAAUAAAUAAAACUCAGAACUUUGGGGGAAAUUAUGUCUCUGGGUGAGUAUUUCCCAUGGCAAUGGUUGAAUGACAUUUAAAGGUAGCUGUUGCUAGGAGAUGCACCGUAAACUUUGUGGAACAUAUCGAAGAGAGGAGUCUUAUGAGCUCCCCAAAGCACAACUGUAAUCAAAAAGUCAGCAGUCAAUCAGCUGUCCUUUGGCAACGUUGAACAUUUUGCCGCAAUCAUGUAUCUUAUUUUGAGGGUCUGCCAAAACAUAUUUGAUUAUUACAUCAACAAUGUCAUUAAUGUAUGCGCCCUGGAGAUAGAAAUCUUGCAAAGCAUGUCAGUCUGAAAACUAUGGAGCCCCAGACAUGACGUGGAAAAAAAAAUUACUAGUUCGUGCACACAAAUUAGUGGUUUGUGCGCACAAGCUACGAAUUUGUAUGCACAAACUACUACUUUGUGGUCACAAACUACUUCUGCGCACAAAAUAGUUACAGCGUGCGCACCAAGUAAUUGUUUGUGCGCGUGAAGUAGUACUUGUGUGCACGAAGUAACGGUGGCUCCAUACUGGACUGGAGGGUAACCAAAUCGAGUACACUUUUACGGACUUGCUGCAAAUGACGCAGCCGAAACUGCAAGACACAUGCGAUGGCUUCAGGGUAAGUUUAUUUUCUUAUCAUGUUCUCGUCAAUAUCCCUGUCCAUUGUGUCGCUUACGAGCUUUAGCCUCGCUUCAACCUUCAACUUCGAAAGAGGGUGCGCUCAAUUUGCUUACCCUCCUGUCCAGUUUGGAGCCGGCGUUACUUCACGCACACCCUGGAACUAUUUCGUGAGCACAAACAAGUACUUCGUACGUAUAAAAUAACUAUUUUGUGCGCACAAAGUGGUAGUUCGUGCGCACAAAGUUAUAGUUCGUCUACACGAUGUAGUAGUUCGUGCGCACGAAAUAGUUUUUUUCCCCUCAUGUCAUGUCCGGGGCUCUGUAGUACAAAUUCACAUUACACGUUAAAAAAAAAAUGAUAUAUUUUAACUGGUGAUAGAUGUUGUACUUUGUUACAGAUUGGAAGACUUGAACAUAAAAGUUCAGGUGUCCAUCAUUAUUUUCAGACAAAAGGAAAUGUCGUAUUUCAUCAAACAGCGGCCUCAACUCUGGUAAUUGUGGUGUGUGUCCCAAAAUAGAUGACGCUGUUUUUCCCCUCAGGAUACUAAACAUCGUGGUAACUGUAACUACCACGUUCAUAGACACAGACAUUAUUCUCCCAUGGACAUGAAAGACUUAACUGCUGAGCUCAUUUCCACUUUGUUGCAAACCAAAAUGGCAACAAAGCACAGAAACUCUGUCCGACUUAUUCAAGUUCUGGACUCUAACUCCCACUUGGGACUUCGCAUCACCUCAAAAUCAGUACUACAGCACAGCAGAAGAUUUAAGAUGAAGAAUUAUCGCUAUACAUGUGAAAGAAACAAAGUCUGUACAACUUUAACUGAAAAAAAAAAUGCAAUUGAAAUUUAGAAUGAAUUCUAACAUAUCUUCAAAUUGGGCACUUACUAGUAGCUGUGAAUGUGCCUUUUACAAUAUUUCUUUAUUCUGUAGGUAAGUUUCGUUAGAACCUAUUAAUAUUACCUAUUUCACAACACAGUGAUCUUUUAUGAAUGAAUGCUGCUUAAAGACUGAAUCCCUGCUAAGUGCCUGCUCGGCAUACAGACCAAAAUUCAGUCACUGUUGUCAUACCACUCUCCCGUUUAUUUUAUUUUAUUUAUUUAUUUAUUUUAAAUUUGCUUAAAUGUGUGAUAUUAUAAUUGGGUUGUAUUGUUUCAGUGUACUGGUCCCAAAGUGAUGUUGCCUGAUUGUACAGUCUGCCUUUUUAGAGAAAAAUAAAAGAUUUCAUUAAAACAUAUUUAAAAAGUGUAAAUGAAAGGAGCCUCUGCCCAUCAACAAUGAUUAUCCUUGUACAACCAUAGGGACAGUGGAAGACCAUUAAAUGGUGUCUACUUCAAGUACCACUUACUGUACCUUUUGAUGACAAGAUGCACUGCCUCCUGCCUCCCACCCCCUUGCCUGACAAUCUGGAUUAAAUGGUGCAGUAUUUUCCAUUUUGCUUUCACCAAUUAUCUCUCCUGGCUUUUGACUUGGCAG